GUGAGGACGUGUGAUGUGUAUGCUAGAGGCUCCCCGGGCUUGCCGUCCAGUUGCUUUAGUGGCAGGUAAUUGGGAAAACUUGAAGUGUUCAGGUGAAUGUUGUCUCGUUGCUAGGUGAGUAAAGGGCGGCAAGAUGUGAGACAUUGGUGAUGAUCUAAAACCCUCUUUUACAUAGCCUGAAACUUUGAUGCAAAAAUGAUUAAUUUUAGAUUAUCGGUGAAGACAUGCAAUGCGACUGGGUGAAAGGUCCCACAUUAUGGAGUUUUACUCAACUAUUAUACCUGUACUGGUCCCAGUGAUGUGGAAACACAGCACACGAGGACAAGUGCUACUGAAGGCUUCCUCGCUUUGUAAGUGCUAAGUGCUGGACAAGUGCUAAGAUAUUCGCCAAAUAAUCAUAUAUUUGACCACCCUAGAAAACAAGUCUUAGGAUGUAUGGGUCAGUUGGUAGCAGUCACCUGCACCGGGUUGGGGCGCCCCUGACCCUGGUAUGCAUCAUACCCUUGACCUCUUCUCGCGUCCUCGUCACACUAUGGACGCUCCUGGCCAUCACACAACUUACAGGUGUGGUGGAAGGCAAGGCUCGCUACCUCUCCCACGACCCGGCGUCUGAGGACUGUCUACCAGAGCUGGGAUGUCCGGAGACCCCGGACUACGACGCCGACGUCAAGAUGCCAGGACGCUACUUCCCAAAGGUGCCCGAUGCCAGGCCGUCCUUGGCGGUGCCCAACCACCACUACACCCAUCACCAUCACCGCCAGAACCCACACGAACGCUACCAGUAUCACCACCACUUGCAGCAACAAGCAUCACCACCACCGCCACACGUCACCACCACAUCACAUUAUCAUCACCAUCAUCAUCACCAUAGCAUCGACUCCCCCAUGAAGCAGCGACGGUCGAGUUCGCAGGAAGGUGAUGACGGAGGGUAUGUGUUUGGGGUGGAGGAGGAGGGCGGAGGUCGCCGGGUGAUCGCUGUGAGAGGCAGCCACACCCAAGCGGCGCCCCGCGGUCACUACACCUUCCUGGACGAGCCCCAGGAUGACUCUACCCUUGGGCCUCCUCCAGGACCCAGCUUUGACCGUACCUUACCCAGGAACAUAACAAUACAGUCCGGCAAGACGGCUAUACUCUCCUGCAGGGUCUUCAAUGCCAACGAUAAGUCGGUGUCGUGGAUCAGACAGGAUGACCUGCACAUCCUGACGGUGGACAAGUACAAGUACAGUUCGGACCAGCGCAUCUCUGUGGUGUUCAACGAGCCCAACUUGGAGUGGGUGCUGCUUAUCAAAGGCGUGACCCCAGCGGACGCGGGCCACUACGAGUGUCAGGUCUCCACCAAGCCCGUGCUGAGCUUCGUCGUCAACUUGAAGGUUGUGGUACCGCGGGCGUGGGUUCUGAACGCGCCGGAAAUCUACGUCCAUCGCGGGUCACCCAUCAACCUGACCUGCGUUGUGAGCCACGGUACGGAGCUCCCCGUCUUCAUCUACUGGCUUCAUCUUAACAAGAUAAUAGACUACGAGGGUCGAGAGGGCGUGACGAUAGACACACAGACGGGCCGCGACACAGUGAGCCACCUGCUGGUGAAGGAGGCGGGACCCAGCGACUCCGGCAAGUACACCUGCAGCCCCUCCAACGGCCAGGACGCCUUCGUCAUCCUCAACGUCCUCAACGGCGAAUACCAGGCUGCAAUGCAGACGAACAGAGGCGGCGCUGGUUGGGAGAGUUGGGACGCCCUGGUCAUGAUGCUGUCGUUACUGCACACUCUCAUCUCACUCCGCUCGUAACAUACCCAGGACCAUCUCUCUCUCUCCAGUCGCGCUGUCAAGCCGCUCCCGAUCCACCUCUUCCACCAGGGCUGGGAGUCCUCAAAAUCCUCGUCUCUGGCGGUAACCUGGAGGCUCUGAGGUCAUGGUUCAAAUAUUGACUUACGGUAGAUUGGAGUUUUAUAUCAAGUGGAAUUGUGUUAAUUCGCAAGAUCGGUGCUAUUUGGUUAGGCCAGUUCUAGCUACAUUGAGAGAAAUACCUCUGAAAACAGUUAUAUCUUAAAUAUUAUAGUAUUCUUAAACCUAAACGAAAUAAUCUGAAAAUACAGUUAAUACACUGAAACAGCUAAACUUUCUGAAGCUGAUUUAACAAGUUUUAAUUUUAUAUCCACACUGACGACAAGAGUUCAAAUCUAAAUUAAACAAUGAAACUUAAAUUAAACCCCAAGCUCUGGCACACCAAGGAAAUCAAUAACAAACAUUUAUACUGCUAAAUUACCAAGCAUCGGGAACUCCAGAACCAACCAAUUAGGCAAGCAAUGCCAACUGGACUGCAAGUUCCCAGAACCAAGACUACCCAAUCCAGAGGAAAGUUGAGAGUGUGAAGCAGCGCAGAGGAACACGUUUGGUCUUGUGCAUGACCUCACCUCUGACUGGGUGACGAGGUCAGGUCAGAGGUCAGAGAGUCACAUUGUUGGCACUCUGGCCCCCCGAGACCUUAAGACUGUGGCCUAAUUAUCGUUCCCCAGGUUGGCUGAGGCUAUAAGGAUAGCUUUGGACAUAGCUUGCUAGGUGGCAUACCUGAGCAUCACGUCUAGUUCCCACAAUGCAAGUAAGCUACAGGAAGUGCGAGAUACCUUAAGUAUGUCCUGAGUAUAUCUUGAAUAUAUGCUAGUCAUUCCAAGUAUGGCGUACAGCUUACAAGGCUUCCAUCACAUGUCGACUCUUUGACACGAUAUGUGGCCGACACCAAAUAUGAGGUGUUGUCAACAUAAACAUGUACAGAAAUGUGUGCUUUCAUACAUGUAAAUAUCAUGAAACUUUAGCCAUUUUAAAGGACAUUGCGAUACCGGUGGGUGCAGAUUUUAUGGUGAUUUUUAACUUGUAUAUUUAAGACAAAAACAGGUUAAGUGCCCCUCCAGUGAAGCAUGUGAGAAACUAUUCAUUGUACCUGUGUUAAAAUAAAAAAUACUGACAAUGAUGUUUGGUACAUAAUGACGGCAGUGUAGUACCUGCUGUGGAACUAAUUACCUCAGACAUUUUUAUACCAAUUCUACCUUCCAUAUAGUGUGUGUGUGUGUGUGUCUUCUGACAUUUUAUUGAACAAUUAAAAUACUGCAAAUGGCUAACUGUAUAAUUAUAAUCAUUUGCAACUCUAAUAUAGUAAUCCACACAAUAUACACUACCUAAUGAACGUGAUAAUCCGUACAUUAGACAAACAGUAUAUCAUUGGCAACUCGUGAGUGCCCUAACUAACCUUUGCUGUAAAUAAAAAUAAAAAUAAAUGAAUCAUUAGUA